CUCCCUGGGGUUGGUGAAACGUCACUCGUUCACAUUUAGUAUAGUUGCCAACCUGUCACUGGACUGGACACACACCGAUUUAACCUUCUACUUUAACAGGUGAGCCUGGGGCUCCUGGCGGACUGUUAGCCAUGCUGCGCCCCACUGAGCAAACCACCAGCACGCUGCAACUGGUCGCCACGGAUAUGAGUGACAUCAUGGAGAACCUGGACACUCGUGAGCUUCACCUGGAUGACGGGCAGUACGACACCCCAGACACCAAUCACACUGAGGCGCGUAAGGGCUUCUCUGCGGUGUACGACACCGUGGCCUUCAAGGAGUCUGAGGCCCGUGUGUUCCUGUCCGCUCCCGUCACCGCCAAGAUCCUGGAGGUGGAGAGGUUCACCUCAGCCCAGGAUCGCUUCGACAUCACCGCCCAGAGGAGUGUCAACAAGUCCCUGCCGGCGGUGUUUAAGAUCGAGCUUCGUCACGGGGAGUUCUCCUGGGUGGUGAAGAGGAAGGAGAAGCACUUCAUGGAGCUGCACAGAGAGCUGCUCCGCUACAAGACCUUCAUGAAGAUCCCUCUGCCCUCACACAGCCACACGGUGAGGAGGCACACAGUGAAGAGGGCGGAGGCCAGACAGAUCCCCACGCUGCCCCGGGGGGGCGGGGACGAGCUGGCCCGCGAGGAGCAGGUGUCCAGCAGGAGGAAACAACUGGAAGACUACUUAAACAAGCUGCUGCAGAUGUCCAUGUACAGAAACUACCAUGCCACGAUGGAGUUUAUAGAUGUCAGCCAGCUGUCCUUCAUCCAUGAUCUGGGACCUAAAGGCUUGGAGGGGAUGAUCCAGAAGAGGUCAGGAGGUCAUCGUAUCCCUGGUCUCAACUGCUGCGGUCACAGCAAGAUGUGCUAUCGUUGGUCCAAACGCUGGCUGGUGGUGAAGGACUCCUUCCUGCUCUAUAUGAAGACAGACUCGGGGGCCAUCUCCUUCGUCCUGCUGGUGGACAAGGAGUUCAACAUCAAGAUGGACUCCAAAGACACGGAGACCAAACAUGGAGUACGCAUAGACAGCCUCUCAAGGAACCUGGUCAUCAAGUGCAGCAGCUACAGACACGCCCGCUGGUGGGGUCAGGCCAUCGAGCAGUUCGUCCAGAAACACGGCGCCGCCUUCCUGACCGAUCACCGCUUUGGCUCCUUCGCCCGCCAAAACGACAACGUCCCUGCCAAAUGGUAUGUGAAUGGGAGGACGUACAUGGCAGAUUUAGCAGAUGCUCUGGAGGAGGCUAAAGAAGAGAUCUUCAUAACAGACUGGUGGCUGAGCCCUGAGAUCUUUAUGAAGAGGCCUGUCGUCGAGGGCAACCGGUGGCGUCUUGACCACAUCCUGAAGCGCAAAGCGCAACAGGGCGUGCACGUGUUUGUGAUGCUGUAUAAGGAGGUGGAGCUAGCGAUCGGCAUCAACAGUGAAUACAGCAAGAGAACUCUCAUGCAUCUGCACCCCAACAUCAAGGUGAUGCGUCACCCGGACCACGUCUCCUCGUCCGUCUACCUCUGGGCACACCACGAGAAGAUCAUCGUCAUCGACCAAUCAGUGGCGUUCGUGGGUGGGAUCGACCUGGCGUAUGGUCGCUGGGACGACCGGGAACAUCGUCUCACGGACGUAGGGAGUGUGUCCCGCUCCGUCGCUCUGGAGACAGACAGCGACCCCUCUAACAUGGUAGCUCCCAGCAAUGGUGCUGGGGCUCAGAGCCGGGCUGCCGUGGUAAUGGACUCUGAGGACCAGCCUAAGUUAAAGGGGCAGGGGAGGCUCCGGAAGACCCGGUUCAGCCUGAGGAGACACCUGCAGAAACACGGGUUAGCCCACGCUGACAGCGUUAGCAGUGUGGAGAGCACAAAAGAGGAGAGCGACUCUGUGCCUAGUCUAAACACAGGUAUGGGAGAGCUGGUUGGAGACACACGUUUCUGGCAUGGGAAAGACUACUGCAACUUUGUCCACAAGGACUGGGUUCAACUGGACAAACCCUUUGAUGACUUUAUUGAUAGGCAUACAACUCCCAGAAUGCCUUGGCACGACAUUUCCUCAGUGGUUCACGGGAAGGCAGCUCGGGACGUGGCCAGACACUUCAUCCAGCGAUGGAAUUUCACUAAGAUCAUGAAGCCUAAGUAUCGCUCUCUUUCCUACCCGUACCUCCUGCCCAAGUCCUACACCACUGCCCAUGAACUCCGAUACCAGGUCCCCAACUGUGUCCCUGCUAAAGUACAGUCAAACUCCCCACCUGCCACUGUCCCCGGAGCGGGUCGCGACCCGGGCAAAGCCGGGCGCUUGACGCCAGAAACGAGAGCCCGCUCGGGGCUCGCCUCCCCGCCUCACCGGAUAGUAGCGACGGACACCGCCCCGCAAGAGACCCCCGCCCGAGGAGCGCACGAGGCGACCCCGAACGAGAGAGACCGCGAGACGGGCCGCGCGCCACGCUUCCGGCGGCGGAGGAGGGAGGGCGACGGAGCGACUGCUCCCCCAGCCGCGGCUCGAGCCCAGCCACGCUUCGCUCCCCAGCCCGACCGACCCAGCCCUUAG